AGCAAAUGACGCCUUUUUAUUUAGUUGCCUUUAACACUCGCAAGCAAGCGAAGCCUUUGCCUGGAUAAAGAAUACAUUUUAAUUGCUUUGCAAAACGACUUUCUUUGGCCGUAUCAGACUUCAACCAGUAAUUAUGAGUGCUGGCAAGCAUUUGACUAAAGGUUCUCCACGGCCGGCGUUGCCUGAUGAUGGCGUGCCACGCCUUUAUUCCAUGCGCUUUUGCCCGUACGCCCAACGGGCUCAUCUGGCUCUGAAUGCCAAGAAGUUGCCACAUCACACAAUUUACAUUAAUCUGACGGAGAAGCCCGAGUGGCUAGUGGACUAUAGUCCUCUGCUCAAGGUGCCCGCCUUGCAUUUGGUUGCUGAACGUGAUCAGCCGGCUCUGAUUGAGUCGCUCAUCAUUGUGGAAUACCUGGACGAGAAGUAUCCGGAGAAUCCACUGCUCGCCAAGGAUCCAUUGCAGCGAGCCCAGGACAAGAUCUUGGUAGAGCGCUUCGGAGCAGUGACCAGUAACUUCAUGAAAAUUCUAGUGCACAAUGCCGAACCUGAUGAACUCUGGAGUGCUUUUGAUGUAUUCGAGGAGGAGCUGGGCAAGCGUGGCACGUCCUACUUCUCGGGCAGCAAGCCAGGCUACGUGGACUACAUGAUUUGGCCCUGGUUUGAGCGUCUGCCUGUGCUCCAAUUUGUGCUCGAGGAUCGUUAUAUCUUUGGUGCUGACACGUUGCGCUUCGCCAAGCUCAACGCCUGGGUUAAGCUCAUGCUGAAUGAUGACUUGGUAAAGUCGUUCAUUGUCCAGCCCGAGCAACAUGUGGAGUUCUGGCGAACCCGUAAAGCCGGCAAUGCCAACUACGAUAUGCUUGCUUAAGUUCUAAUUUGUCUCGUUGUUACACACGUUUUGAUCUAUUCAGAUCGGAGUUAUAUUUGGCUAAAUACAAAUAAACAAUGCAAUAUUUUAGACUAAGUCUAAUGUUUGUGGAAUA